AUGUUCAUUCCUUUGACACAGUUUCCUCAAUCAUUGUUCCUUCUUCAAGAGAUCUUCGGAGCAUAUGCUCAAGCACUCAGGAAUUAUUCGAUGCCAUGGACAACAAAGAGGCAGCAGUCCUCAACUUCCAGUGCCUUUGUGCUCAGCCUGGAGGAGCGCUUGCUUCUCACGAAUCGUCACUGCGUGGCCCAUGCCAGCUGCAUCGAAGUUCGAAAGCGUGGAGAUGAUGAAAAGUUUGAGGCAGAGGUUUUGGCCCGUGCCACGGACUGUGACUUGGCCAUUCUUACCGUGCGGGAGGAAUCUUUCUGGAAAGGCACCUUGAGUGCUCAAGAGCUUUGCAGAGAUGUCCCUGCUCUCUUCUCAGAAGUGGUUUGUGUUGGAUAUCCCACUGGCGGCGACAACCUCUGCGUGACCAAGGGCGUUGUGAGCCGAGUUGAUUAUGAGGAUCACCCGGAUCCCUGGAUGAAUCGACUGGUGAUUCAAAUCGAUGCUGCCAUCAAUCCAGGCAACUCCGGAGGACCGGCGUUGGUGGCCGGCGGACGGUGUGUGGGUGUGGCAUAUGAGUCUUUGAAAGAUGGCUCCACGGAGAACAUCGGGUUUAUUAUUCCCGUGAGUGUCGUAGAAAAGUUUCUGACCGCUUGGCGGCGAUUGGCCAAUGAGGGUAGCGCAGCACCUCACGCUGAGCGAAGCACCAUGAGAGUCACAGCAUUUGGACAUGGACGUUUCUUUGCUCAGCGACUGGAAAAUGCUGGAAUGCGCCGGGCUUUGGGCUUGUCCAAGGGCCAAAGUGGUGUUAUUAUCAAAUCAGUGGAUCCGACGACGCCUAAUGCUCAGGCUCUGCGGCGAGGAGAUGUUCUGAUGUCACUGGUCGGGGUUUCGAUUGGAAACGAUGGCUGCGUACCGUUUGUGUGCGGCUCCUCAAGGCAUGACCGAGUGCCAUUUCCAUAUGUGGCAAUCAAUAAGUUUGUCGGUGAGUCUUUGGAUGCUGAAAUCAUGCGGGAUGGUGUUCAGAUCUCUUGCGCCUUUGAGUUACUUCCUCAAGAACCUUUGGUUUCAGUCGAGAAGGAGGCUCCAUGGCUUCUUGACUACUGUAUUAUUGGUGGCUUGGUUUUUGUCGUCCUCUCCCAGCAGUAUUUGCGCGCCACCUUUGGAGACAAGUGGAGAAAAGAACGCUGCAAUGGUUUGGCUGAAAUCAUGGACUCCAGAGAGAGGGACUUUGAAGAUGAACAAGUUGUGGUGUUGUCCUACGUGCUGGCGCACACCGUGAACUUGGGCUUCCAGGAUGUUCGGAAUGCCCGGCUCAAGGCCUUUGUGAUGGACGGCCAGCCCGUGCGUGUGCGGAAUCUGUGGCACUUGUCGGAGCUCUUGGACUCCUGCCAAGAUGAAUACCUCAGGUUUGAGCUUUUUGGCCGAGGUUCUGGGUUUCUUCCAGAGAUCAUCGUCCUGGAGCGUGCUGCUGUCCAGGCGGCAGAGAAAGACAUUUUGUCUCGGAACAAGAUCCCCACGUCGAAGCGGCUUUCCAAAAAGGGAAGCCCGAUGACCUGA